AUGCCCUCAAACGACCAACCACACUCCAAAACAGUCCGCGGCACGCUCUCAAACCCAAAGACCCAAGAAGCCAUCAAGGACGCAAAGGCGAAUCCAGACUCCGACGCGAACCGCACCUCUCUUGGUGACCUAGGUAGUCUGAAAGUCGAGUCUAGCGACUCGGAACCUGUGCCUGAUCGCACGUCGCAGGACGGUGGGACGGUUGGCAGCGAGGGGAAAGACGGAGCUAGGGAAAUAAGUGAGGACAGGACGCAUGCGCAGAGUAGGAUGAAAAGGAAGACGGUGUGGUCGCAUCAGAGAACAUAG